AUUUUUAGUGCAAAAAACGGAGAAAAAAAUGGGGGGGGGGGGUCAUGUUUCGUUUAUAUUUUAGAUAGAUAGAUAGAUAUUAUUGAUCCCCAAGGGGAAUUUCAAUAUGUUUGCUGCGUCUAUCCGGUGAACGGGUCAGUUUAGUCUAGCGGCAGCUUGAGCGACAGUCAACGUUACACUUCCUCUUAUGCAAAUAUGACAGGCUCUUCAGGCGUGUUUGGCUCAGUUCGCUCGGUCAGCGUUGCCUUGGGCCUGUCCACGCGGCUGAUUCUGACAGUAGCUGGAUCGCCCUCUUGCCUGGGAGUCCGAACGAAGCCCACGCGCAUGAGCAGUGUAUCUGUGCUUAGUCUCGGGAACGCGCACCCGGUCAGCUGACAGGCAGUAACCCACUGUGUCACAACAAACCCUCGCGGACGCCGCCCCGUGCAGCCUGUGCUGCUGCUGGUGGCCUGUGUUACCUCGCGCCGCCAGGUGACAGAAACUCGGUUUCAACGUCGACAUGGCUGCGGAGAUCCAACCUCGCGCCCAGGCGCGAAAGCCAGUUCUGCUAAGCAAGAUUGAAACGUCGCAGGAGCUCGUGAUCACGGCGGUCAUCAUUCCGAAAGAGGACGGGGUGAUCAGCGUCUCUGACGACAGGACCAUCCGCGUCUGGCUGAAGAGAGACAGCGGUCAAUACUGGCCCAGCGUGUACCACAGCAUGCCUGCGACUUGUUCUUGUAUCGUUUUUCCGCCCGCGUGGUCCCUCUUCGUGCUGGAGAUGGAGUGGCUGCUGACCGCAGCGCAGGACAGAGGGUUCUGCUGGCACUGCACCGAGAGCGGCCACCUGCUGGGCACGCACAGAACUGCGGCCUACGUCACCGGACUACAGUUUGAUGUGGAAACGCGUCACGUGUUUGUGGGCGAUCAGUCGGGACAGGUGACCAUCCUGAAGCUGGAACAGGACACCUGCAACCUAAAUCACCACCUUUAAAAGGACACAGGCAGUGUGACGGCUCUGUGCUGGGACGCUAUGCAGCGGGUGCUGUUCUCGGGGAGCUCCGAUCACUCCAUCAUCAUGUGGGACAUCGGAGGACGCAAGGGCACCGCCAUCGAGCUGCAGGGACACAAUGAUAAGGUGCAGGGUCUAUGCUAUGCUCCACACACACGGCAGCUCAUCUCCUGUGGAUCUGAUGGAGGCAUCGUCAUCUGGGACAUGGAGGUGGACCGACAAGAGACUCCUGAGUGGUUGGACAGUGACUCGUGUCAGAAGUGUGAGCAGCCUUUCUUCUGGAACUUCAAACAGAUGUGGGACAGCAAGAAGAUCGGCACAAGGCAGCAUCACUGCAGGCGUUGUGGUCAAGCGGUGUGUGGUAAAUGCUCUUCUCGGCGGUCCACCAUUCCACUCAUGGGCUUUGAAUUCCCUGUGAGGGUGUGUGACAGUUGCUAUGAAUCCAUCACAGAACAGGACGGGGCCCCCACGACCACAUUCCAUGACAACAAGCAAGGGAUGAUCCACAUGCACUAUGAGCCUUUCUGCCCAGCUGGCUCCUCACCUCAGGCAUCGACAGGAAUAUCAAGCUGGCUCCUCACCUCAGGCAUCGACAGAGUCAUCAAGCUAUGGGACAUGUCUCCAGUGGUGUCCUGAGUUGUGGGGUGAUGGGGAGUCACUACGAGUAACAGGGACCUUCUGCACAAGGCAGCUGUUUCUAUGGCAACAGUGGACCUGAAGGAAGCAGAGUUGGAGGGACUGUGACAUCAUCAUCUGGACAAACACAAACACACACACACACACACAUAAACACAUACAAAUACACACACACACACACACACACACACAUACAAAUACACACACACACGACCUGGAGUAUCACUGGAAAGACUCUGACAUUAGUGGCCUUCAAAAUGGUCACACACACACAUCUUGUGUGUGAGUGUGUUUUGCAUGUUUAACAUUUGUUGUGUGUUUGCAUAAUGUUUAACUCUGGUGUGUGUGUGUGUGUGUGUGUCUGCUCCUGAUUGAGUGUAAAAUUGUGUAACUUCUUCCUGUGAGUCUCUUUGGACCAGAAGUUCAUUAAAAACUUUUGCCUGUU